CCAUGACCCUCCGGCCUCCCUGUGCUAUCCCUUGACGAGUUUCGUGCCUCAAGAUGCUUUACACCUGCCCACAAGAACGAUCUUGACAUCCUUUUUGUCUCCUUUCUCCCUCAACCGUGCCUCCGUCUCCGUCUACGCAGCCCGCGUCGCCCUGGUACCUCAACAUCGCACGCCAAUGGCGCCUCUAUCGCACACCCGCGGCAACUUUAUUACAAACCCUCGUGGAGGCUCUCUGCUUCUCCGAGGACGCAGGGGAAGGCGCUGCCGCAUCCGGCGACAAAGUCCAACUCUCCCAGGCUCUUAUUGUCUUCCGCCCGCCGUCCUUAUUGUCAUAACACGGCCUUCAUUCUACGUACUGGCGCCCGGUAUCGAAUGUAUCGACUGUAUCGGACACCGUGCCCGGACUAUAGUGUGCCGUACACCCGCUCAUGCGACGUAUCGACCGGAUCGUGCAGCCGUACUGACUUGGUUCGGCGUCCUGCUUAUUGUCUUCGUCCCCCUCCGCACGCGCUAUGCCCUGCCCUCCGUCUAAACUUGCAGCGUGCUUCCCAUACCAGGGCGGUGUUUACGCGCGUCCGGGCGAAUGGAUAUGCGUCGUGCGUAUAUAAGUAGUCGGGGCGCGCUCGGAAUGACCC